GCAUGCUGUGUUCUGUUUAUUCCAUCUAACCGCGACACUCGACCGAAAUCAGACGUCGGAAGACAGACAGCGCAGUGAUCUAUCUCGGCGCUUAUUCUGAAGGUUUGCGUGGGUUUGACCGCUUGUAUUAACUCGGGUCGAAAUCAAUUUCGCGUGAAACUUUGCAGGGAAUAGCCGCCGAUUUUGUUGGCUUUUCCACGCAUUGUUUCGAAGCUAAUGAAAGAGCUGACUCGAGAGUCAGACUGCAGUGUAAUGGUUUGGGGGCUAACGUGGAUUGGCAAUCGAAAAAAAAGAAAUCAACACUCGUAUUGAAUUUUUGCAUCAAAGCCCUGAAAUAUAACUGGGGCGAUUUAUUUUUUAAUCUGGGUGAAAAGAUCUAACCGUCCGCUAAUGCUAUAUAGCUCCAGUUAGCUGUAUCAUUUGCGCGUCCUCGCGCUUCUGCCACGGAGCAGUGCAGAGAGAGAGAUCCACUUCCACGUCUCGUCUACUGUGCAGUGUUACCCUGCCAGCUGGGCUAGGCCACGUCCUUCUUGGUCUGACAUUGGGCGGACUUGAAGGAAGAUGCCCAGUAUGCGGAAGGAAGACGAUGAAGGAAGCAUGAGAGAUGUGAGAAGUCUUGGCCAUUAAUGAUUUGCGUGCGAAGUUUGUGUUUCUGAGCGGUUGCCGCAUACACACGGCAUGUCACGUACACCGGGGAAAUACUCUCUUUGAGGCACACGGUCAAAGGCUGAAGUGACACUAAGAAUUUCUAUUCGGAUAUGAUCGGCUUCGGCGCAAACCGACGAGGAGGCCGCCUCCCGUCCUUCAUCCUCAUCUUCCUCAUGGCGAUCAUCGCCAUACUAGCGUUCAACUACUGGACCGUAUCCAGCAAGCACGGCCGCUUACUGGAUGAGUUGGUGGAGGUACAGUCGCGGGUGAAGCGCACGGACGCGGCGAGGAGCCGAUUGGAGAAGCGCAACUCUGAGCUCAUGGCGCAGGUGGACACGCACAGAAAGCAGCUGGACAAGAAGGAUGGAGACUACAGCGUCAUGGAGGGCAAGCUGCAGGCCCGAGACGCGCUCGCCAAAAAGUGCACCGACGAAAAGGUUAAGAUGCAGGGUGACCUCUCAGCCCAAAUGACCGAAAUCCAAAGGCUGAAAGAGCAACUGAAUGAUUUGAAGCAAGAAUUCAUGAAACAGGAAGAUCAGCUAAGAGAAGUUAAAAAGAAUAGAACCACCUUGGAAAGAAAGCUGGAAUAUGAAAGUUUACAGUGUGGACGUCAGAUUGCGCAGUUGAAAAGUGAAUAUGAAGAAUCAAAGAAGACUCUAGAAGAGGAAGCUGUAAAGCUGAGGCGGAAUGCAAUUGACGGUCAAAAAGGCGUAGUGGCGGGAAGGCAUACUGAGGGAGCUCUGGGUCUGGCUGAAGAGCGCCACACAGUGGCAAAUCGCCGGCGUGACACUCCAGAUUUAAAAGAUGUCAUGGGUAAGCCAGGCAGUGAUGCUGGCAUGCCUGGCAUUGAAGACAGUGAAGUGGGAAAACUUGAUGAAGUACAAUUUGAAUUGAAGAAGCCAGCCAUCACUCUGAAGCGUCUCGAAGCUCCCGAUGCGGUCGUGGGUGUUGACGCUGGACCUGGUAUUGGGGCAGCUGAUGGCCCAGGGGUACCUGGCUUAUCACUCGACCAACCCCGUCUCCAGCAGGACAGAGCGGAAGGCCAAGCAGCUGUGAUUGCCGCCCCAGGUGUCAUCAACUUAGCAGAUAAACCAAUCGUUUUUGAAGACAAGUCAGAUAUCAAAGCAGAUGAGCUGGGUGAACAGCAAAGACAACUUCAAGCCCCAGACGUCAAAGCAGCAGGUGAACGGUUGAAGGGGAUUCCAUUGCCUGCCAACCCUGCCCAGGUACCCAAACCCAUCCAACCACAUCACAAAGACCAAGUUCCAGCAGGGGCACGCCACCAUCAACAAAGCCGGUUCUUUGACGAGAUCGAGUCCCCAGUAGAUCCGCAACAUGGCUCUAAGCUAGCGGACUACAAUGGGGACGAUGGCAAUGUGGGUGAGUAUGAAGCCGACAAGCAGGCUGAGCUGGCCUACAAUGAGGAAGAGGAUGGUGAUGGUGGGGAGGAAGACGUUCAAGCGAUCACACCUGUCUGAGCUGAGUCACAUCUACUAGAUAAAAGUAGUUCACUUGUUUGAUGAUGACGAUCGAGAUAUGCAAGGGGAUCGGGCUGUGGAUUAUGGAAAGCGACAUCAAGCCAUCGACAUUCUCUGAAUGUGAAUUUUGUACAGUAAAAUUUCAUCCAAACAUCAGGACUUUCUUAUUCGGAUAUGAGAAUGAUUCCGAACUUACGGCUUGCUCAUUAGUGCCAUGGACCACCCCUCCAAACAGAUUAGUACGACUGAUGAAUUUGAAUACUGUUACUUAACAGGAUAAGACAAAAGAAUAUACAGUAUAAUCAGUUGGUGUGAAUUGGUAAUGGAGUUAGCCUAGGACACUAGUCUAGCUAGGCUAGUGGUCUAAACGUGGACGACUAUUUUGCUGUAGGACCGAAUUCCUCAGUUCAUUGCCGAGUAAUCUAAAAUAGCAUAGUUGACACCAACUUUGGGAUUUUUUUUUUUUUUUGCCGUGCUGAGAUGUUUCAAAGAGAUUAUUCUAACAUUUGGACUCUUACCACAAUUUUUGGACACUUCCAGGGAUGAUUCUUCAGUUUUAGGUUUACAGUGGUGGGAUAGCAUUUGAAAUGCCAAGGACUUUGCUUACAGUCUAUUAAAUCAUUUUUUGUGAACACACAAGUGGCCCUCUAAAUGAUUACAGUUCAUGCUUGUUAGACUCUCCGUGAUGGUGAUGAUGAACAAACCAUGAUACUGAGGAUUAACUCUUUAGGUGACAAGUGCUUUUUUCCAAUAAAAUUUUCAGUUUUCAUAUCA